UGGGCAGCCCGGCCCCCGCCUGGUACCACCGAGAUCUGAGCCGUGCUGCAGCGGAGGAGCUGCUGGCCCGGGCGGGCCGUGAUGGCAGCUUCCUGGUCCGAGACAGCGAGAGCGUGGCGGGAGCCUUUGCGCUCUGCGUCCUGUAUCAGAAGCAUGUGCACACAUAUCGAAUUCUACCUGAUGGAGAAGAUUUUCUGGCUGUACAGACUUCGCAGGGUGUGCCUGUGCGCCGCUUCCAGACCCUGGGCGAGCUCAUCGGUCUGUAUGCCCAGCCCAACCAGGGCCUGGUGUGCGCCCUGUUGUUGCCUGUGGAACGGGAGCGAGAGCCAGACCUGCCCGAUGACCGAGAUGCCUCGGAUGGGGAGGAUGAGAAGCCCCCGCUGCCCCCGCGUUCUGGCUCCACCAGCAUUUCUGCCCCUGGGACCCAGCAGCCCCCCGCCAGCCCCUGAGACCCCUACAACUCCGGCUGCUGAGAGUGCACCCAAUGGGCUGAGCACUGUCUCACACGAGUACCUGAAGGGCAGCUACGGGCUGGACCUGGAAGCUGUGCGGGGCGGAGCCAGCAAUCUGCCCCACCUUACCCGGACCCUCGCCACCUCAUGCAGGAGGCUGCACAGCGAGGUGGACAAGGUCCUGUCAGGUCUGGAGAUCCUGACCAAGGUGUUUGACCAGCAGAGCUCACCUAUGGUGACCCGCCUUUUGCAGCAGCCGAAUCCAGCACAGACUGGGGAACAGGAGCUAGAGAGCCUGGUAUUGAAGCUGUCGGUGCUAAAGGACUUCCUGUCAGGCAUCCAGAAGAAGGCCCUCAAGGCCCUACAGGAUAUGAGCUCUACAGCCCCGCCAGCCCCACUGCAGCCAUCCACACGUAAGGCCAAGACCAUCCCCGUGCAGGCCUUUGAGGUGAAGCUAGAUGUGACCCUGGGUGAUUUGACCAAGAUUGGAAAGUCACAGAAGUUCACACUGAGCGUGGAUGUGGAGGGUGGGCGGCUAGUGCUACUUCGAAGACAGCGUGACUCACAGGAAGACUGGACAACCUUCACACAUGACCGCAUCCGCCAGCUCAUUAAGUCUCAGCGUGUCCAGAACAAGCUGGGUGUAGUCUUUGAGAAGGAGAAGGACCGGACACAGCGCAAGGAUUUCAUUUUUGUCAGUGCCCGGAAGCGGGAGGCCUUCUGCCAGCUGCUGCAGCUCAUGAAGAAUAAGCACUCCAAGCAAGAUGAGCCCGACAUGAUCUCUGUCUUCAUUGGCACCUGGAAUAUGGGAAGUGUGCCACCUCCAAAAAAUGUGACAUCUUGGUUCACCUCAAGAGGUCUGGGGAAGACCCUGGAUGAGGUCACAGUGACCAUACCCCAUGACAUCUAUGUCUUUGGGACCCAGGAGAACUCUGUGGGUGAUCGUGAGUGGCUGGACCUGCUACGUGGGGGCCUCAAGGAGCUCACAGAUUUGGAUUACCGCCCGAUUGCCAUGCAGUCACUGUGGAACAUCAAGGUGGCUGUGCUGGUGAAGCCAGAGCAUGAGAACCGCAUCAGUCAUGUUAGUACAUCUAGCGUGAAGACUGGCAUUGCCAACACCCUGGGAAACAAGGGGGCCGUGGGUGUCUCUUUCAUGUUCAAUGGCACCUCGUUUGGCUUUGUGAAUUGCCACCUCACCUCGGGAAAUGAGAAGACUGCCCGACGGAACCAGAACUACCUGGACAUCCUGCGGCUGCUGUCGCUGGGCGACCGGCAGCUCAGUGCCUUUGACAUCUCUCUGCGCUUCACUCACCUUUUCUGGUUUGGGGACCUCAACUACCGCCUGGACAUGGACAUCCAGGAGAUCUUGAACUACAUCAGCAGGAAGGAGUUUGAGCCCCUGCUCAGGGUGGACCAGCUCAACUUGGAACGGGAAAAGCACAAGGUCUUCCUUCGUUUCAGUGAAGAGGAGAUCUCCUUCCCACCCACCUAUCGCUAUGAGCGGGGUUCCCGGGACACGUAUGCCUGGCACAAACAGAAGCCAACGGGGGUCCGGACCAAUGUGCCUUCAUGGUGUGACCGGAUUCUCUGGAAAUCCUAUCCCGAGACUCACAUCAUCUGCAAUUCCUAUGGUUGUACUGAUGACAUCGUCACUAGUGACCACUCACCUGUGUUUGGGGCAUUUGAGGUGGGAGUCACCUCUCAGUUCAUCUCCAAGAAAGGGCUCUCCAAGACUUCGGACCAGGCCUACAUUGAGUUUGAGAGCAUUGAGGCCAUUGUGAAGACAGCCAGUCGUACCAAGUUCUUCAUUGAGUUCUACUCCACCUGCCUGGAGGAGUACAAGAAGAGCUUUGAGAAUGAUGCCCAGAGCAGUGACAACAUCAACUUCCUCAAGGUGCAAUGGUCCUCGCGCCAGCUGCCCACGCUCAAGCCGAUUCUGGCUGACAUUGAGUACCUGCAGGACCAGCAUCUUCUGCUCACUGUCAAGUCCAUGGAUGGCUACGAAUCCUAUGGGGAGUGCGUGGUGGCGCUCAAGUCCAUGAUUGGCAGCACAGCACAGCAAUUCCUAACCUUCCUGUCCCACCGUGGUGAAGAAACAGGCAACAUCCGUGGCUCCAUGAAGGUGCGGGUGCCCACAGAGCGCCUGGGCACCCGUGAGCGACUCUACGAGUGGAUCAGCAUUGAUAAGGAUGAGGCAGGAACAAAGAGCAAAGCCCCUUCUGUGUCCCGCAGCAGCCAGGAGCCCAGGUCAGGGAGCCGAAAGCCAGCCCCCACAGAGGCUUCCUGCCCACUGUCCAAGUUAUUUGAAGAACCAGAGAAACCACCACCAACGGGGAGGCCCCCUGCCCCACCUCGAGCAGCACCCCGGGAGGAGCCCUUGACCCCCAGGUCAAAGCCAGAGGGGGUGCCAGAGCUGGAAGGGGUAACGACUCCCCCACCCAAGAACAGCUUCAAUAACCCUGCCUACUACGUCCUUGAAGGGGUCCCACACCAGCUGCUGCCCCCGGAGCCACCCUCACCUGCCAGGGCGCCGGUGUCAUCUGCCACCAAGAACAAAGUGGCCAUAACAGUACCUGCUCCGCAGCUUGGGCGCCACCGGGGCCCCCGUGUGGGAGAGGGGAGUUCAUCAGAUGAGGAGUCUGGGGGCACAUUGCCCCCUCCAGACUUUCCACCUCCACCACUACCAGACUCUGCCAUCUUCCUGCCCCCCAAUCUGGAUCCUUUGCCAGGGCCACUGGUCCGGGGUCGUGGUGGGGGUGAAACCCGUGGCCCACCACCUCCCAAAGCCCAUCCAAGACCCCCACUGCCUCCAGGCCCCUCUGCCACCAGCACUUUCCUGGGGGAAGUAGUCAGUGGGGAUGAUCGCUCCUGCUCAGUGCUGCAGAUGGCCAAGACACUGAGUGAGGUGGACUAUGCUCCUGCUGGGCCUGGCCGCUCAGUGCUCCUGCCAAGCGCCCUGGAGCUGCGCACCCCGGGGAAUGGCCUCAGACUAUGGCCGGCCUCUCAGCUUCCCUCCUCCUCGCAUCCGAGAGAGCAUCCAGGAGGACCUGGCAGAGGAGGCUCCGUGCCCACAGGGUGGGCGGGCCGGCGGGCUGGGAGAGGCUGGCAUGGGCGCCUGGCUGCGGGCCAUCGGCUUGGAGCGUUAUGAGGAGGGCCUGGUGCACAAUGGCUGGGACGACCUGGAGUUUCUCAGCGAUAUCACCGAGGAAGAUCUGGAGGAGGCUGGGGUGCAGGACCCGGCUCACAAGCGCCUCCUCCUGGACACCUUGCAGCUCAGCAAGU